AUGGCCAUAGACAUGCAGCAUAAUGGCGACCUUGGCUGUGCAUACUACGUGGCAGUCGAUGAAGUGCUCCAUCUCCUUGAAGACGUUGCAAUGGCGUCCACCGACCUGAUCGAGACUCUGCUGCUACAUUCCCACCCAACGACGAUUCUGCUGUCAGCGAGAGCCCCUGAAAUACUCGUACAGGCGCUUGAGAGGAACUCUGAAGGGCCUGACGCUGCACUUGGUCUGUGGUACUGCUCAAAACACAGUAUUCGCAAUGCUUACAUCCUUCGGAGUAUGAAUUCAGCAGACUUUCAUUACGAGAGUGCCAGGGAGAAGCUCUCCAAGCUAGAUAUCGACCAGCUCAACCAGCAAUCUAUGCAUUACGCCACCGUGGUCGAUGACGACAACCACGCGAUUGGAGAACCAGGCGGUGAAUCCCACCAAGGUCACAUGCUGAGACUAGGGGCGACCAUAAAUGCCGAAUCUAAAUUAGCGCGCCGGCGCUCUACGCAGUAUCUUCCAGACCACACUGACGCGAUGAUAGAGAUGUUCUCCUUGUUUAAUUCGAUGUUUAUCAAUGCCGACACGAUUAUCAUGCAACCAGAGUUCCACCCCAACAGCCACCAAAGAGGCUCCGGAACAUCAAACGCGGGCUCAAAGGAAAGCCUGUCCAUCUAUGGAUUGUUCCAUCGCCAUGCACGAACCAAGCAAGGACGAGCGAAGCUACGACAGAUUUUUUUGCGGCCGAGUCUGGACGUCGAUCUGAUCAGAAGUCGACAGCACGCUAUCGCUUUUCUUUCCCAGCCAUCAUAUGCUGAGAGCAUUGGUGCGUUGUCGAAGGCACUUGGUAAAAUCGGCAACAUGAAGUCGUGCAUGGGAUUACUCCGGAAAGGUGGGCGGAAAGUCUCCGUUUACAACAAUAGAUUCGCGGCCUACACGCUUCAAAUUCGAGAUCUGAUACAGGGAAUGCCCGGGGCUGCAGAGCUUGGUCUUGCCAGCAAAAUCACAGCAACGAUCGAUCCGGUUCAAGUCCGUCACGUUGGAGAUAUCAUCACGCAGACCAUCGACUUCGAGCAAUCCGAAGAACGAGGACGCACCGCAGUCCGGCAUGGGGUAGAUGUCGAGCUGGAUGAACUCAAGCGCAGCUAUGAUGGCAUGGAACAUUUUCUGACGAGAGUCCUUGCUAGUUUGAGGCAGCAACUGCCCGAAUGGGCCCGCACAUAUAUACAGAACUGCAGUUUUCUACCCCAGCUAGGCUUCCUGACGGUGGUCACGCUCGAGCCGAAGACGGGCAAGGGCUGUUAUGAUGGCGAGGGUUCAGAAGAGCCAUGGGAGUGCAUAUUUGCUGCUGAUGGAUGCGUUUACUAUAAGAACAUGCAGAUGAGGGAAAUGGACGCCCAAUUUGGAGAUGCGUACUGCAUGAUUAUUGACAGGGAGAUCGAAAUCAUUCACAGUCUCAGCGUGUCAGUCCUCGAGCACGAGGCUUCAUUAGUAGCGAUAUCCGAGGUUCUCGGCGAACUUGACAGCAUGCUUGCGUUGGCGCUGGGCAGUUGCCAACAGAAUUGGAUCCGACCCCAAAUCACCUUGGACAAUGUUAUCGAGAUCCAAGGCGGGCGCCAUCCCUUGCAGGAGCUGGUCGUCCCUUCAUUCAUCGCCAAUGACUGCUACCUUGCAGGCGGGAUCGACCAACCUCUUUCGUCCUCCGUGGAGCAGCAUAAUGAAAAGGAUCAUCCUAGCACGUUGGUGUUGACAGGACCAAACCACUCAGGCAAGAGCGUAUACCUGAAGCAAGUAGCCCUCAUUGUCUACUUGGCGCAAAUCGGUUGUUAUGUUCCCGCGGAGAACGCCAUCAUCGGUAUCACCGAUCGGAUUCUCACCCGUGUUGCGACGCGGGAAAGUGUCGGCCGGAACGAGAGCGCCUUCUCCAUCGAUCUGCGACAGGUGGCCUUUUCAAUCAACUUCGCAACGCCCCGUAGCCUUAUUUUAGUCGACGAGUUUGGCAAAGGCACGGACAGCCUUGAUGGGAUUGGCUUGAUGACGGCUCUGCUGGAUCACUUCACAUCACUCGGUGAGCAACGGCCAAAGGUCCUCGCGGCAACUCACUUUCACGAGAUCUUCGAUAGCGACUUUCUCCACGGCCAUUCGAACCUUGCACUGGCCCAUAUGGACAUUCAUCUUGACUUGCAUGCGGACAUCUCGGAGGAACAACUUGUGCCCGGAAGAAGCACAUCCAGCUUUGGAAGCCGGUGCGCGGCUCUGAAUGGGAUCAGCGACGCCAUCGUGGCCAGAGCAGAGGAGCUCGUGCUCCUACAAGCACGCGAUGAGGAUCUGGAAGUCGCAUGCUCGAUUCUGACAGAAGAGGAGAGCCACAAGCUGGAAAUGGCUGAGCAUCUGGAUCUUACUCCUCGGCCAAGGGAAAGCACGUCUGCAAGGCAGCCAGAUCUAUAUCGCAACAUGCUGCGGCAGAUCUUUAACGACAACACGGUAGGGUUGAGUGAUGCCUGA